CUCACUCUCCCACAGGGGCAUAGUUGGAAAAAGAAAAAUUACCACAAAAAUGGCGCCAACUGCACUUUCUUCUGUUACUACAUUUCGCUUCCUCGCCUUACUCCUCCUCUUGCUCCGACCUAUCUCCGCCGGUCACGACUAUCACGACGCACUUCGUAAGAGCAUUCUCUUCUUCGAAGGACAACGCUCUGGAAAACUACCUUCUGAUCAGCGUCUCAGAUGGCGCCGUGACUCCGGCAUGCACGACGGAAACACCGCCGGAGUGGAUUUGACCGGAGGAUACUACGAUGCCGGAGAUAACAUUAAGUUCGGGUUUCCGAUGGCGUUUACGACAACGAUGCUGGCUUGGAGUGUAAUCGAUUUUGGGAGAGUAAUGGGACCUGAACUUGGGAAUGCGUUGAAGUCAGUGAGAUGGGGGACGGAUUAUCUUCUGAAGGCGACGUCGAAGAUAGGUUCCGGCGUGGUGUUUGUACAAGUAGGCGAUCCUUUAUCGGAUCAUAACUGUUGGGAGAGACCGGAAGAUAUGGAUACGUUACGCACAGUUUUCAAGAUUGAUGGGUCACAUCCAGGAUCUGACGUGGCAGGUGAAACCGCCGCUGCACUUGCCGCUGCUUCCAUCGUCUUCAGAUCACGUGAUCCUGCUUACUCUAAAUUGCUUCUCAAUCGUGCCGUUACGGUGUUCGAUUUUGCUGACAGACAUCGUGGUGCAUACAGUAAUAGCCUACGCCGUGCAGUGUGCCCAUUCUACUGCGACGUAAACGGUUAUCAGGAUGAGUUACUGUGGGCAGCAGCGUGGUUGCACAAGGCUUCCCGUAGACGUCUUUACAGAGAAUAUAUUAUUCGUAACGAGGUUGUUUUGAGAGCUGGUGACACCAUUAAUGAAUUUGGUUGGGAUAACAAACAUGCUGGGAUUAAUGUCCUCAUUUCUAAGGAGGUGUUAAUGGGAAGAGCCGACUAUUUCUCGUCGUUCAAACAUAACGCCGAUGAAUUUAUUUGUUCUACAUUGCCUGGAUUUUCUCACGCACAAGUACAAUAUUCCCCAGGUGGACUUAUCUUCAAGGCUGGUGGAAGUAACAUGCAACAUGUAACGUCCUUGUCCUUCCUAUUGCUAGCUUAUUCCAAUUACCUAAGCCAUGCCAAUAAGGUCGUGCCAUGUGGUGACACCAAUGCCACUCCUGCUUUACUCAAACACCUUGCCAAACGCCAGGUGGACUACAUUCUUGGGGAUAACCCUUUGGGAAUGUCCUACAUGGUUGGAUAUGGUGCACGCUACCCACAGAGGAUACACCAUAGAGGAAGCUCACUUCCCUCAGUUGCGGCCCAUCCAGCCCAUAUUGGAUGCAAAGCUGGAUCUCAAUAUUUUUUCAGCCCAAACCCAAACCCGAAUGUCUUGGUUGGAGCUGUGGUUGGUGGGCCUACUAACACUACAGAUUCGUUUCCAGAUUCAAGGCCUUUCUAUCAGCAAUCUGAGCCCACUACAUAUAUCAAUGCACCACUUGUGGGUCUGCUCGCUUUCUUUUCUUCUCAUCCUUGAUGAUGUUUGCAAAUGUAUAAUUAUCUAGUACUAGUAGUAUUUAUAUCUAUAUUUUAUAUCUAUGUGGUGGGCAAAAUGGUCACCCUGUAUUGUUCUUUGAAAGAAAAAUGAAAAAGGGGAAGAAUGUCUGUAUUAGUAUCAUGAUUUGAGGUUGUUUCGUAACUUCUUUCAAUUAAGUGAAGCAAAAAUUGCAAGUUGUAUACUUAAAUGGUUUUAUGUUAUGGGGCAAGUCUAUAAGAAAGUUUAUGAUCUA